AUGCAAACACAGCCAUAUUUCUAUCUGUGGAACACACAGGACGCGUUGCAGAAGGACCAGUUCAAGCUUGUGGUGACAGAGCUGAUGAAGUUCUUGAGAGAGAAAGCUGCUUCCGACGACUCUGUUCGGAAGUUUGCAGCGGCGAACGCGACGGGACCGAGCAAUCAAACGAUAUACGGUCCUGCACAAUGCACGCCGGACUUGUCGAGCAAGGAUUGCAAUAAUUGCUUGAAUGGGGCAAUCUCUGAAAUCCCGAAAUGGUGCGAUGGAAUGAAAGGUAGAAGAGUGGUAAGACCCAGCUGCAACAUUAGAUAUGAAACCUACAGCUUCUUCGAUCCUGCUGCUUCAUAA